AUGGUUCAUACGUCGAUCUUCAAUACGAAGUUGUAUCUGGAGGAGUUAGCCAAAGGAAACGGUCCUAGCGAGAUAGAGACUUUAAUCUUCCAAGGCUUAGAACUCAUCCAUGUCGGAAAAGGAAUCUUAAGAUGUAAAGUACUUAUCACGGAUCGUGUCGCGGGAGAAGAUGGAAAUUGGCAAGCCGGAGCGAUCAUGGCGGUGAUGGACGCGAUCGGAGCUUCCGCUGUGUAUUCCUCCGGCGACGGACUCCAUUCCUCCGUCGAUCUCAACUCUUCCUUUUAUUCAACGGCCAAGAUUCAUGAGAAAGUAGAGGUAGAAGCAAGAGUGGAGGGGACCAAUGGAGGCUUAAAAUCAGCUGUCAUCGAGGUUCGAAGAGAAAGCGAUGCACAAAUCAUAGCCACAGGAAGGUUGUGGAUGGCCCCACUUGGACUCAAGCUCAAAGACAAUGGUUCUAAUCUUAGUAAGCUUUGA